AUGCCAAAUACAACAACCCCACCAGGCCAAAAACAACCUGGAGGUCACAGUGCCAACAAAUUUAUGAAUGAACUUCACAGCAUCCACAAACCAACGUGGGCAUUUGCUGCACUCUGCAUCUUGAGUUUGUGUGUGGUGCUUUCAUGUGCUGUAUGCGUGUGGAAAAAGUGCUUAAAAAAGAAGGACAAGGACAAAGAAAAGGACAAGAAAAAGGGAAAAGAGAAGAGCAAUGGAGGCUUUGACACCGAAAUGGAUGGGGGUUACAAUGAGCCCCUGAAACAUGAGAUUAAAAACAAAGAAACAGAAAUGUCAGAAACUGCUCCUAAAGAGGACGAGAAGCUCGGCAGACUGCAUUUCACAUUAGACUACAACUUCACUGAAAAUACACUGGUGGUAGGCAUCUUGCAGGCUGCAGAGCUCCCUGCGAUGGAUGUGGGAGGUAGUUCAGACCCUUAUGUUAAACUGUACCUGCUCCCAGACAAAAAGAAAAAGUUUGAAACCAAAGUUCACAGGAAGACAUUGGAACCCAACUUCAAUGAGACUUUUACAUUUAGGGUCCCUUACACUGAACUGGGAGGGAAGACGCUGGUGAUGACUGUGUAUGACUUUGACCGGUUCUCAAAACACGAUGCCAUUGGAGCUGUGAAGAUACCCAUGAGCAGUGUGGACUUCAGUCAGUCUCUGCAGGAAUGGAGGGAUCUGCAGAAGGCAGAAAAGGAGGAGAGUGAGCGGCUCGGAGACAUAUGUCUGUCCCUGAGGUAUGUGCCUACUGCAGGGAAGCUGACAGUGGUGGUUUUGGAGGCUAAAAACCUGAAGAAAAUGGAUGUGGGUGGAUUAUCGGACCCAUAUGUGAAGAUCCAUUUAAUGCAGAAUGGGAAAAGACUGAAGAAAAAGAAAACUACAAUAAAGAAAAACACUUUAAACCCUUACUACAAUGAAUCCUUCAGCUUUGAAGUGCCAUGUGAACAGAUAGAGAAGGUGCAGCUAGCAGUGACUGUGCUGGACUAUGAUAAGAUUGGGAAGAAUGAUGCCAUUGGGAAGAUGCUUCUGGGAGGUAACAGCAGUGGGACUGAGCAGCGCCACUGGACAGAUAUGCUGGCCAACCCUCGGCGGCCAAUAGCCCAGUGGCACAGCCUCCAACCAGAGGAUGAAGUCAAUGCACUAAUUUCCAACAAGAAGUAAAACUGUGACCUAAGCGGAUUUUUAACAUUUACCUCAGCUAUUUCCAAUUUAUGUUCCUUCUUCUUCCCUUAUAAAAAAUAUUAAGCUAUUUAAGUGAGUAAAUCAACACAAUGAUGCUCUGCUUUACCCUUUACACUAUUACUAUUAAUAACUAAGCUGUCUACUGAAUAAGUUGGAGUCUCAGCAAGGACAUUUUUCUCUCUCCAUGUUCUUUCAAGGUUUUCUGGCUUCUUCCUACUGUAAAACAAAAUGCAUUUUAGAUUAACUUUACACUAUUACUAUUCAUAACUGUAAGCUGUCUACCCUUAGUAACUCCCUCCUCCUGCCUUAACUUAAACUCUUAUUUAAUAUUACUAUGUACAGUGGGCUACAAUAAAGUGAAGGUUUUUUUUUACUCAUCGGGUUUAUGAGAUCUGUUCAACAUGCAUGCAACACUGACAUAAACCAGGGCAUCCUGCAGGGGGAGACAAAUCAAUGCAUCUCAAUUUUAAGAUCCCUAAAUGAUUGUUGUCAUGUAUCCUUUACUAUAAUAAAAUGAAUGGUUGAUAUCAAGGAUAUUUCUGAUUAUG